AAUACCAAAGAAGAAGGUUCAAGCAGGCCGGAAAUCACAACAAAUUGAGCGCUGAGUUGUUCGUUGAACACUCAAAUUCAAAUAGCUACAUGGUAGCUUGCAUUUGUUAUCACCAACUGCAGACUGUAAGUAAUAAUAAAAAAGUAAAUGUGCAUGAAAUCACUGCGGUAGCAAGUAGCUGUAAUUGAUAGAAAAGGGCCAAUUUAACAGUGAAAUAUGUAUCGUGGUCGGCCUCUUCCACCUCGAGGAGGGUACCCGCAGCAGUGCGAGGGCCGUGGUCCUACUCCUGUCCGGCCUUAUCCUGGGCCACCGUUUAGAGAAGAAAGAGGCAGGCCCAGACCUCCUUUUCAGGGUUACCAUGACGGGCCUCCAGACCCGUACAGGCGUUCUCCACCGCUCAGGAGGUAUCCUUCUCCCGGUUCAGUAAGUCAAUAUUGGGGCAGCGGCCCUCCCCCAAGAGAAAGCUCUCAUUCUUCUCCCCGUGGUGGCAUCCCCACAGACCACAGUCUGGUAAUCACUGUGGGCAAUGAAUUGACUGGACCACCUGGGGCAGGGCUACCCUCAAGAGACUACCCUCCUUACCUGCCAAAGAGGUCCAGUUACGAUGGCCCUGACGACCGUGGCCCCAGGAGGCAGAGUCCCAGCAGAGGGAGAAGCCGACAUCGUAGUCGCAGCCCGGGAAUCAGGGGACGGAGCAAGAGCCGUCCUCGUAGUCGCAGCCCUACAAUGGGGGGACAGAGUAAAAGCCGUGCCAGAACUCGCAGCCCUGCAAUGGGGGGAAGGAAUAAAAGCCGUGCCCGAAGUCGCAGCCCUGCAUUGGGGGGACGGAGUAAAAGCCGUGCCCGAAGUCGCAGCCCUGCAUUGGGGGGACGGAGUAAAAGCCAUGUCCGAAGUCGCAGCCCUGCAAUGGGGGGACGGAGCAAAAGCUAUGCCCGAAGCCGCAGCCCUGAAUUGGGGGGACAGAGUAAAAGCCGGGCCCGAAGCCGCAGCCCUGAAAUGGGGGGACGGAGCAAGAGCCGUCCGCCAAGCAGGUCCCGAAGCAGGAGCGGGAGUCGUGGCCAGAGCUAUGGACAGACCCGCAGUAUAAGCAGAGGAAAGAGUGUUGGUCCACACAAGAGUAGAAGCCGCAGUGUCAGUACCAGCAUUAGCUGUAGUAGCAGUAGCAGCAGUAGCAGGAGCAGCAAGGGAGGCGGUAAUAAGAUAAAGAAGAUGAGCAGGUUCAAGGAGCUGGAGUUGGCCCGUCGCCACAAAGAGAUGGAAGACAUGAACAUGCCCACAAAGUCCAUCCUGAAGAGGCGCAUGGACUCUGAGACUGACUCCCCCCCAUUUGUGCAGAACAGUGAUUCUCCAAGAGUUACCCCUGGUGCUGAGGCAGAGCGUCUCCUCUCAGCUAUGAAAGGCAUGGACCCUAACAUGUUGGCCACCAUGCUGGGAGAACUGAGAGAUGAUCCACGCAUGGCCCAGGGCAGACUUGAUCCCAGUGGGAUUGCAGGGAUCCUUGGCUUGUUGGGAGGUGCAUCUGCACCGCAAGAGGAGAAAAGGAAGAGGGUACCAGACAUUGAUGAUGAGGAGAAGUUCCUUUAUGGCGAUGAAGAUGAUCUAGAGAAGGGCAGGUCUCAGACUCCAGCAGGAGUUCCCCGUCAACAACACAGUCUGUCAGAGCUCUAUGGUGAUAUUAUGAGUGAGCCGGCAAGCUAUGGCGCCUCACAGCACCUAGAGGCCCAUCCUGGUAUUGUCGAUCAGAGAAGCUCUCGUCAGCAACAGGUGGACAUGAGGUAUCAGCAUCAAAGUAGGUCCUCUGCCACCCCUGACCAUAAUAUCAAGGUUGAAGAGCCUAAUGACUACCCACUAGGAACAGGACCACUGGAAGGGAAGGAGAAGCAAGACGUGGAGGAGUACGAGAAGAUCCAGGACCUCCUCAAAACCAUUGGGCUGGAUCUGGGGGUGACGGAGAUCAGCAAGAUGGUUGCCAGGACUCAGGAGCGUCUGCAUGGAAAGAGGCCCCCUCCGAAACCCCCUUCCCCUUGUCCUGGGAGGAGGCGGGGUCACCGUGACUCUUCAAGAAGCUCAGGCAGGAGCAGGGGCAUGCAUAAUAGCCACAGUGGGAGCAGCUCCAGCAGUGGUAGCAGUCAUAGCGAAAGCAACAGCCCGAGUCGUAGCAGGAGCCUGAGCAGCAGCCUUGAUAACAGAAGGAGCCAGAAGAAGUCACCCCCAUCUGACAGACGCAGCACCCAUGGGAAGACUCGAGGCAGCGGAGAGGUGAAGACUGAAACUACUCCAGUGACACCCACCCACCCUUCUAUCUCCAUAUCUGCCUACGCCCAAGCCCAGACACAUGGUCUGGUACCACCCAACUAUCCACCUCAUGGCUUUGGGCAGUAUGGGAACUGGCCGUACAUGCCCCAACAGUGGCCGAUGUACCCACCUCCAUCUAUGGGCAUGCUUCCUCAAUCUCCCAUUGAAGAUUUUCCGAAAGCCCCGCCGUUUGACAGACCAUACUUGAACGUCCAGGGGGGUGAAAGACAAGCAUCAUCAAAGAUGGCCGCUCAGGAUAAUGGCAAGGACAGGAGGGUUUUAGAAGAGAGAAAUAAUGAAAGCCAAAAACAAAAGGUUCUUGAAGAACGUGAAAAACUGAGAAGAGACCGAGACAUCCGCAUGAAGAAGAAAGAUUAUCUCAUGAAGGAACUGGAGAGAUUGCGAAAACAGCAAGGGGAACUGCUGCGCAAAAAGCGGCGUGAAAAGGAUGGCCAUAAGGACCCGUUACUGUCAGAGAUCAGUCGGCUGCAGGAAGAGGUCAUGUCUCAGAUUGCUGUGCUCCGCAACGAGCACGAGGUAGCAGAGAAGAAACGAUGCGAGCUUGACAAAGUGGCUCUUAUUCUCGGUCUACAACCAACUGACAAGCCCCGGCGAGAGGGUCGGGCUUCUGGAGACCUUGAGCAUCCAACACACCCACCACCUCCAGACAAGGAGAAGAAACAGGAGCACGCUCGAAGCCGAGAGGUAUCACCUGGGGUCCAGGCCUCUGUCAAGGCAGCAUCAUUGUCCAUAAGAGCCUCUACUAAGAAAUCCCCAGCCAGUACCCAGCCUCCUGAGCAUCCAGCAGACCUGUUUGAAUACUAUGACGCUGGGAACCACUGGUGCAAAAGCUGCAAUGUCACUUGUGGUUCCAUGUUCGAUUUUUUCACACACUUGCACAGCAAAUCGCACCGAAAGACUCAGGAUCCUUACAAUCGACCAUGGACGUCAAGUUCCUCCAACAAUGAGAUUAAUAAGAUUUACUCUUCAGGGGAGAAAAUGACUAAACCUGCUAAAGGAUCUGAGUUUUUGGUGCCUGUGAGGGGAUAUUAUUGCCAGCUGUGCGAGGAGUUUUACGGGGAUGCAAUUUGUGCUGAAGAUCAUGCCACGAGUCAUACUCACAAUGAGAAAUACAAGAAACGAAUGUAUGAGUAUCCACUCUACGAACAGAGAAGGAACCUGGAUCGUCAGGCUGGACUCACGUUGGAAGUUGGUGACAAAAAGCACUCUGAGCUCAAACGCAAACACGAAGAGGAAGAAUCCAAAAAGAGCAAAGAGAAGGAGGAAGGGAAACAUAAACGCAGCAAAAAGGACAAGGGAAAGGACAAUGAGAAGUUCAAACACAUGGAGAAAGAGGGGAAGGCGAAGCACAGCAAAAAGGAGAAGUACAAAUAUUACAAGAGGGAGGAGGAGGAGGAGGAAGAGAGGGCCAAGUAUAGCAAAAAGGAGGAAGACGAGAGGUCUUUGUACAGCAAGAAAGAGGAGAGAUAUAAACAUAGCAAGGAGGGGGAAGAGUGGCCCAAGUACAGUAAGAAGGAUGAAGAGAGAUACAAGCAUAGCGAAGAGGAGGAGUGGUUAAAAAAUCGCAGGGAGGAGGAAGAGAGGCCUAGGUCUAGCAGGGUAGAGGAGAGACCCAAGUUUAGUUGGAGGCAUAAUGAGGAGGAGGAAGACCGGUCCAGAUAUGGUAAGGGGAAAGAGCCCAACCCCAAAUAUAGCAAGAAAGAGGAGGCGAGGUGUAGAUCAGAGAGGGAGGAUGGGAAACCUAAGAAUGAAAAGGAGGAAAGACAAUCAAGGAAAGACCAGGGUGAGCGUCAAAGGGAAGAGGAGAAGUCAGGAUCUAAAAAGCAGUCUGAGCCUGAGAAACCCGGUGAGCCUCCCAAAGUGUUCUGUGGGCCUAAUCCAGCAUUGAGAGCAAAGCUGCGCAAGAAAAGUGAGGAAACAACCAAAGUAGAGCCAAAGGCUCCGUCUGCUUUUGGCAAGUUCAGUUGGAAGAAAAAACUAGAAAAUGAGCUUGCGAAGGAGGCCGAGAGAGUGGCUGCUGAGUUCCUGAAGGAAGAUGAGGCAGAUGCUGAAGAGGAUGACGACCCGGAUGCGUUUUCAAAGUCUGUGGCCGCAGCCAAGAGCAUUGCUAUCAAGCUGUCAGGAAAGACAGUCAUCCCCCCAACUAACACAUGGGUACCCUUCAACUCUGGGAAAAUACGCCCAAACCUUCCUGCUCCCUCCGUGGUCCUGAGAAAGUCCUCCGGACUUGGGCCCUGGGUCUAUGCUAAACCGGCCCCUCUCAACACCUUCCCCUCUAUCAAACCACCCGGUGCCAGUGGAGAGACGCCUCUGCCUGUCAUACAGAACCAGCCUAUAAAGGACCCUGUACUGGCAGCAGACAUCAUUUCCAAGGCGUUCUGUGGUGAGGAACUGGAGUCAGCAGAUGGCACCUGGAAGCCAGGUCCCCAUUUUACACCAGACAAAAAGAAAGCUUCCACAAUGGAGUCUGUUAGUCAAGCCCCCACGUCCACUCCUUCAGCAGUGAUGUCGGAGUUCAAGACUCCCCUGCCUCCCCCACCUGUCCUGAUAAUGAUGACCAUGGAGUCGGAUGUAUCUGCACCAGGAGUCCCUGAGAGUGAGCAGAAUGUCCCAGUGAUGGUCACACCCCCUCCUUUCAUGCAGAGACCCCCAAGUGAGGUGAUGAAGAAAUCAGAAAAACCGAAGUCUAGCCUAGCUGCCGCAAAAGCACAAGAUUUAUUUGACAUAUUUUAUAGCAGCAGUACCACAUCCACCACCAGCACUGCCAUGUCCACUAAAGCAGUCAUAGAGUCCAAAGCUGCUCCGAAUUACUUAAAGAGCAGCGAAACCUUGGAGGCUACGGCCCCACAAACAGAGCAAAUCCAAACGGAGCUCCCAGCUCUUGACAACAGUAACACCAUUGAAACGGACACAAAGGAGUCAAUGGAGACUGAGCGUGGGUCUGACCCACAGCCCAAGGAAGAUGCGCCUGAGAAUGCCCCCAUACAAUUGGAUAACCCAUCAGAUACUCUGGGUAUCUCAACGGAGACCCUGGAUCUCCCAACAGAAGUGCUGGGCUUAGAGCUGUUUGAUUUAAAUUUUGAUUAACAGAUCCCACUAGAACGCAGGCCAUUGGAGGGUGGGUAUUUUAGGUAGUUGAUGGGAUUAGGGUGUACAUUAGAGGGGAACAAAUAGUAACCAACACAUCCCUCUCAUUAGAAAACUAAGCCCUGUUGCCUUGGGCAGGUUGAUGUUUAUUGUCAUGAAUCUUGCCCUGGAGGCAGAACUGAGUGAUUUCCGUUAGAUGGGCCAACUGCAAAGUCAUAAUUGGCUAUAUCGUAAAAAUGUAAGGUUAUAUAUUAUGACUUUGUGGCUGUGCCACCUAGUGACCACUGCAGAGUUGCCUCCAGUACAUAAAUCAUCCCAAUAAAUGCCAACCUGCGUAAUAUAGUGGCAGAACUUGAAUGGAUAAGGAAAUCAAACUUCCACUGAAAGAUAUGAGACGUUCUUAAGUGAUGAAUCUUCAGAAAUGUUGAAGCUUGUGCUGCAGUUCUUUUUGUGUUGAAUAAUUUCUUCAUUCAUCUCAACUUUUCUUUACUUAAGGUAACGUACAGUACCAUGCUUAUUGAUUACUAUACUUUUGUGUGUAUCCAUGUUCAGCCUCUUAAGCAAGUAGUUAUUUUCUCUUUAAAUGAUUGAAUGGUAUUUUAAUACAGGAACAAGAGAAAAAGUUCAAAGAAAACAGCAUUUGGUAAGGUAGUGCAGCAUGGACCAAAAUACCUGAACAAUGUUUUAUUUUACAAUUGUGCCAUGUAAUAUCUGUCACUCUUUACAGCACCCUCCAGAAAAGAAGAUGUGGAAUAUAUAUGUAUAUAUACUCAUGAACAUAACCUUGGAAUUGUUGCUCCUUUUUAAAAAAAAAUUGAACUUUCCAUUGGUUCACUGACUGUACUAUGCGCAAUGCUAUUCUGUGUUAGUUAGUGAAAAUAAUCAAACUGGUUGUCCCUUUUAAAUGUUGUUGCUAAAGUAGAAUUCAAAUAAAUGUCAGUGACCACAA